UUCUCCGUCUGCGCAUCCUCCCCGGGCUCUGCAAACAAACACAGACGCAGACACAGUCUCCGCUGGAGGACGCAGCGCUGCGGUUGAUCCACUUUGGCCAUGACGCACCCGAUUCAACCCCGACAUGUUCGGUUUGGAUGAAGGACGCGUUGCGCAUCAGAGGUUAUUAAACCAGCAAGCCCCCCGUUUUAGCUCCGGGACCGGUUUGUUGGCAGAGGAUGCUUUUCAGUCCCUGUCAUAGUCAAAUCUGAACUGUCAGCUGACCGGGGACGCAAGGAUCAACACCGAGGCCCCACUGCAGGCCACACAACCCGAAAUUACGCACCCGGCUGCCUGAAACACAGUGAUCCUCACCUGUUUUAUUCGGAGCAGCGGUGUAAACAGCAUCAGCAGCAUCAGCAGCAGUCAUGAUGGACGCAGCAGAGUGUGGGGUGAGAGUGAUGUGUCGCUUCAGGCCUUUGAACGAGGCUGAGAUCAACAGAGGAGACAAGUACAUCCCCAAAUUCAAAGAUGAGGACACCGUGGUGAUAACGGGUAAACCCUACGCGUUUGACCGUGUACUGCCUCCGAACACGUCACAGGAACAUGUGUACGACCAAUGUGCCAAACAGAUCGUUAAAGAUGUGCUGGGUGGUUACAACGGGACCAUCUUUGCAUAUGGACAGACGUCCUCGGGGAAAACACACACCAUGGAGGGCAAGCUCCACGACCCCCAGCUGAUGGGAAUCAUCCCCCGCAUUUCCCACGACAUAUUUGACCACAUCUACUCCAUGGACGAGAACCUUGAGUUUCAUAUCAAGGUCUCUUAUUUUGAAAUCUACAUGGACAAGAUCAGGGAUCUGCUGGAUGUGUCGAAGACGAACCUCUCAGUGCAUGAAGAUAAAAACAGAGUGCCCUAUGUCAAGGGUUGUACUGAACGCUUUGUGUCCAGUCCAGAGGAGGUAAUGGACGUUAUUGAUGAGGGCAAAGCCAAUCGCCACGUGGCAGUGACCAACAUGAAUGAGCACAGCUCCCGCAGCCACAGCAUCUUCCUCAUCAACAUCAAGCAGGAAAACAUUGAGACAGAGAAGAAACUGUCUGGGAAGCUCUACCUGGUGGACCUGGCUGGCAGUGAGAAGGUCAGCAAGACUGGAGCUGAGGGAGCAGUGCUCGAUGAGGCAAAGAACAUCAACAAAUCUCUGUCAGCGCUGGGAAACGUUAUCUCAGCUCUGGCAGAGGGAACAAAAAGCCAUGUGCCAUACCGAGACAGUAAGAUGACUCGCAUCCUGCAGGACUCUCUGGGAGGAAACUGCCGAACCACCAUCAUCAUCUGCUGCUCGCCAUCUGUCUACAAUGAAUGCGAGACCAAGUCCACGCUCAUGUUUGGACAGAGAGCCAAGACCAUAAAGAACACAGUGUCUGUGAACCUGGAACUGACAGCUGAGGAGUGGAAGAAGAAAUAUGAGAAGGAGAAAGAGAAGAACAAGGGCCUGAAAGGCAUCAUCCAGAAGCUGGAGGCUGAACUCAACCGCUGGAGAAACGGUGAGAACGUUCCAGAUGAGGAGCAGCUGAGCUCCAAUGAUCAGAAGAGCACUGAAUACGACAACACUCUCAUCAUCGACAACCUGCAGCCGCCUGCGGGAGGCGUGUCCAUCGGCAGUGAGGAGCACAGCAAGUAUGAGGAAGACAUCAGCAACCUGUACAAACAGUUGGAUGACAAGGAUGAUGAGAUCAACCAACACAGUCAGCUAGCUGAGAAACUCAAGGAGCAGAUGCUGGAUCAGGAAGAGCUACUGGCAUCAACACGUCGCGACUAUGAGAAGAUCCAGGAGGAGCUGUGCCGGCUGCAGGCGGAGAACGAGCUGGCCAAGGAGGAGGUGAAGGAGGUGCUGCAGGCCUUGGAGGAGCUGGCUGUCAACUAUGACCAGAAGAGUCAGGAGGUGGAGGAGCGAGAUCAAACCAACCUUCAGCUGACUGAGGAGCUACAGCAGAAGACAGUGUCGAUGUCAGCCCUGCAAAGGGAGCUGGGUCAGUUGCAGGAGCUGAAUGGUCUGCAGAGAAAGAGAGCGGCUGAGGUCCUUAACCUGCUUCUGCGAGACAUCAACGACAUUGGCGCCAUCAUUGGCACCAGUGAUGUCAAGGUUGCCGCGUCCUCGGAGACGAAUGGGAAUGGCUUAGCAGUGGAGGAGGAGUUCACAGUCGCUCGCCUCUACAUCAGCAAGAUGAAGUCCGAAGUCAAGUCACUGGUCAACCGCAGCAAACAGCUGGAGAGCACUCAGGCCGACGCCCACUGCAAAAUCCAGGCCAAUGAGAAGGAGCUGGCAUCUUGUCAGCUGCUCAUCUCCCAGCACCAGGCCAAGAUCAGGUCUUUGACUGACUACAUGCAGAACAUGGAGCAUAAGAAGAGGCAGCUGGAGGAGAGUCAGGAUGCCUUGACUGAGGAACUCGCCAUCCUGCAGGCUCAUGAGAAAAGACAAGAGAUGUUGGGACGUGAGAAAGAGGAGGACCUCAGCAGACUGGAUGGAGGCGAGAAAACACUGGAAGAGCAGUUGGAGAGUCAGAGAGAGGCUCAUCAGAAGCAGCUCAGCCGCCUCCGAGAUGAGAUUAAAGACAAGCAGAGGAUGCUGGAUGAACUGACUGAUCUUAACCAGGGUCUGUUACUGGAGCAGGAAAGACUCAUGUCAGACUAUGACAAAAUGAAGGCCAAAGAGCAGGAGAAGGAUGUAAAGUUGCAGAAAUUAAUGCUGCUGAAUGAAAAGAGGGAACAGGCCAAAGAAGACUUAAAGGGGCUGGAAGAGACUGUGGCCAAAGAGCUGCAGACUCUGCACAACCUCCGAAAACUUUUCAUUCAAGACCUCACCACACGUGUUAAAAAAAGUGCAGAGCUGGACUGUGAAGAGGGACUCGGCAACAUUGCCCAGAAACAGAAGAUCUCCUUCCUGGAGAAUAACCUGGAGCAGCUCACCAAGGUCCACAAGCAGCUGGUGCGAGACAACGCAGACCUUCGCUGUGAACUGCCCAAGCUGGAAAAGCGCCUCCGUGCGACCGCUGAGCGAGUCAAAGCCCUGGAGAAUGCGCUGAAGGAGGCGAAGGAGAACGCGAUGAGGGACCGCAAACGCUACCAGCAGGAGGUUGACCGCAUCAAAGAGGCUGUGCGAGCCAAGAACAUGGCCAGGAGAGGCUACUCUGCUCAGAUUGCAAAACCAAUUCGUUCAGGCCAUCAUCCACUGUCAUCUCCCAUCAGCAGCUGCGUCAGAGCCGGAGGCAUCUACACCCACAGCCACUAAACCUUCUACAGCAGUUUCAUACUACAGACCAGAAACAAUGCAACGCAUGCCAACCUGGAGCCACUAAUCCUGUCAUUGUGACAGUUCACUCUGUCACCACAAAUUUGAGUUGCACAUAUUUAAUUUGCUGACUGUAAAUAUCAGAGGCCUCAUUUAUAACAUGUUGUGCUUUUGCAUAAACAUGUAUAAAUGAGUUUCUCUUCUCAAGGAUUGCGAUAUACAAAUUAGUCAGGCGACUUUCUUUUAUUUUUACGUCUUUGGGUUAAUGAUUUUUGAUUAAACCUUGAAGGCUUUGUGAAGCUUGAAAAGCAAAGUGGAACAAAUCAAACUGUAGAUUAAUAAUAUUACUAAAGAAAAACAUGCUUAUUUGCUUUUUUAACAAGUGUAUUGUUGUGGUAAAGUUAUAUAGUUAGAGUUGAGGUUGAAAUGUCUUAGGCAGACAAUAUAUAAUGCAACUAAAAAGCUUGUUAUAUUGCUAUACUUCCACCACCAAAAAUCCUCUGUUGCAUUUCUUUACUACUUCCAGUUAUGGUGACUUCUUUUGUCGACCUAAAACUGACAAUCAUCCAAAAAAGAUCCACACAUUACCAUUCAAAAAGUAUUUUCAUAAUCUGUGAUACAUUACUGAUUUACCCUGCUUGAAUAUUGUUGGGUGAGAUUGUGUCAGUUAAAAUCAAAUGGGUUUUUGACCUCCAAAUUCAUAAAUGGAAUUGCAUUUAAAUGUUUUAGUUGAGUUCCAGGAUUUUGAAUGUUGAAAUUAUGAGAUGCUGCAUAUCAUUUGGUUGACUGUAUUGUAUGUAUUGUUGCCCUGCAGGGACACUGACCAGCCAAUCAGAUGUUCCUUGGACUUACUUGCAAUACUAGUUAGACUUAAUUAUGUUCUGCAAUCUCUUUUUUUUUUUAAACUCUGCCAAACCUUGUGCCUUUAGAAACACCUGGACCAUCGGAGUAACAGAUUUCCAUUGGUUUUCCUUAGUUUAGCACCUUCAAAAUUCUGGACAGUUAAGUCAACAUAUUUACAUAUUCAAAGAAAACGUUGUCCUCUCUUCAAAAUAAACUCAAAAAGACUGUAAUCGACAUGUUCCCAUUAUCCUCUAGUCAAAGUUACAUGAUGUCAGUUUGCGCUGUGUUGAGCAUGUUUUUGAAUGUACUUUAUCAUCUUCGUAUUUAGGCAACAGAUAAUAUCACGUACCUGAGCCGGAGAUUGUGCGCUUCUUUUUUUGACGUGUAAUGAUAGCUGCGGUCACGCUGUACACGAAGUAUGUAACUGCAUGGAGUAAGGCUUUGUGACAAAGGCAUGCUCAGGGAGGACAAAUUAAGGCUAUUUGUAUAUGCAGUGUGUUUAACAUGAUGUAGGUUUUAAGUUUAAGGUUUUAAGUCCUUUCGUUUCUUUCUGCUGUCACAUCAUAUAUUUAAAUAAAACUACAAGAGAUGCAAUUAAA